GCCCAGACAGUCUUUCUCUCAUUCCUCUCUCAAAUUGACCUGAACCACCAUAAUCCUCCUCUAGCGCUGCGCACUUCUGCGUCGCGCGUGCCCUCCCUAUUCCGCAAAACCCGCUCCACAGAACUCGGCAGAGGCGAGCGGCCCUACCGGACGUCCAGGAAUUUCCACGAGAAGGCGACACUGCCCUGAUUCCUCGACCGCAUUGCGGUGACUGAUUGCCAGCAACGCCCGGCGCUCUCGGCGCACCCCUUUACACAUACGCACCAUGCGGCGCCUCGACAUAUCACGGGGGAGCAGUCUCCUUGCUGCGUUUCUUGCUCUGACUGCCUCACCUACCUCAGCAUUCUACUUCCCCGGUGUAGCACCGACGUCCUACAAGACCGGGGAUCACGUCCCACUCCACGUCGACCGUAUCACCCCCGCCGAUUCCAACAAUGAUCCCAAGCUUCGUUCCGUCUUCUCUUUCGACUACUACUAUGACAAUCUCCACUUUUGUAAACCCGAAGGGGGACCACAGUACAUCCGCGAGAGCCUAGGGAGCAUACUGUUUGGGGAUCGUAUACAGACGAGCCCCUUCGAACUGAAGAUGGCCGUAAACGAGUCGUGUAAGGCGCUUUGCACAGACCAGGUCUUCACACCAGAGGACGCGAACUUCGUAAAUUCAAAAAUAUACAUGGGCUAUGACAUCAAUUGGUUAAUAGAUGGGUUGCCAGCAGCCCAACUGCUCCAGGAGGAGGGCUCGGGUCAGGUGUUCUACAGCCCCGGUUUUGCGCUUGGGACGGUGGACGGCGAGCAGGCCAUGUUGCACAACCACUAUGAUAUCUGGAUCGACUACCACGAGGCGGGACCCAACCAGUUCCGAGUAGUUGGUGUGCUUGUGGAUCCAUUCUCUACUACAGGUGCGGCGCUCCAAGAUGAUGGGUCGUGGCAGUGCGGCGAUCCCGAGCAUCCAGUUGUCCUUAGCGUGGUUGCAGACACAAAGGUUACCUUCACCUAUAGCGUCUUUUGGAGAUUGAGCCCGACCCCGUUCGCAACUCGCUGGGACAAGUAUCUCCAUGUGUACGAUGCGAAGAUCCACUGGUUCUCUCUGAUCAACUCUGCCGUCAUUGUCGUCUUCCUGAUUGGGAUGGUCAGCACCAUCCUGGUGCGUACGCUUAAGAAGGACAUCGCCAGGUACAACCGUCUCGAGCAGUUUACGCUUGAGGAUUUUGGCGCAAACGGGUCGGUUGAAGAAGGUGUGCAAGAGGAUUCUGGCUGGAAGCUUGUCCACGGCGACGUCUUCCGCCCGCCCAAGAAUCCCCUCCUCCUGUCCGUCAUGAUCGGCAAUGGUGCCCAGCUCUUCAUGAUGGCAGGUCUGACGAUUGUCUUUGCGCUCCUUGGCUUCCUGUCUCCCAGUAACCGUGGAGCGCUCGGCACCGUCAUAAUCAUCUUCUACACACUCUUUGGCUUCGUCGGCGGCUACAUCUCCGCCAGAGUCUACAAGUUCUUUCACGGUGAAUCCUGGAAGCAGAACUUCUUCUAUACCCCUGUCGCCCUCCCUGGCUUUGUCUUUGCCGUUUUCUUCCUGCUGAAUCUCUUCGUCUGGGCCCGUGGGGCCUCGGGCGCGGUACCUUUCACCACAAUGCUCAUCCUAGUCAUAAUCUGGUUCGUCAUUAGUGUCCCACUCAGUUUUGCAGGCUCCUGGAUUGGGUUUAAGCAGCCCGUCAUCGGCACUCCUGUUCGCACCAACCAAAUCCCCCGCCAGAUCCCUCCGUCAGGAGGUUACCUGCGACCUAUUCCCUCCAUGCUCCUUGCUGGUAUCCUGCCCUUCGGCGCCAUCUUCGUCGAGAUUUACUACAUCAUGAACUCGAUUUGGUUCUCAAAGGUUUACUACAUGUUCGGCUUCCUGUUCAUCUGUUUCGGACUGAUGAUCAUAACGAGUGCCGCCGUGACGGUCCUGAUGAUUUACUUCCUGCUCUGCGCAGAGGACUACCACUGGCAGUGGCGUAGUUUCUUCACUGCGGGAGCAAGCGCCUUCUACGUGUUUGCCAGCGCCUUGUUGUACUGGCUCAAAAUGGUGAGCUUUGCAAGUUGGACGAGUGGCAUUCUUUAUUUGGGGUAUAGCGCUUUGUUGAGUCUGUUGUUCUUCUUUUUGACGGGUACCAUUGGCUUCUUUGCCAGCUGGAUGUUUGUGCUCAAAAUCUAUCGGUCAAUUAAGGUUGAUUAAGCGACUGCACGAAUUCCGCCGAGUCUCUGCUACUGGUGGUGUAAAAUUUCGAUACUCGCUCGGGUUCGUUUACGGCAGAAGAAUCUUUUUCCGCUGGGUUUCUCCCUCCGCAAUCCGUUUAUCCGGCUUUUGUUGGCUCUUGUUCUCCUCGAGAAGAGGCAAGGGACAACUCAACAGGAGCUUGCUUGUCCUUUGGCAAUGUUACAUAUCUGUUGGUAGUCGCAGAGGGAUGAAGCAUUUAUAUUAGCAUCUUAGUAGCGUAUUUAUAGCUACAGUCUACAGAAUAAUAUAAAAUCUAAAUAUUAC